CCUAACAUCAUAUUCUACGCCCACUCUUCGACCCAACACCAAUUUAUUUGAUUUAAUCAAUAUUCAUCCUUUUAUUCUUCUUUCUUUAUUCCUCUGUUUUUUUUUCAAAAAAAAAAAGAAAAUUGGAGAAAAAUUAAAAGUUCUUGCUUGAAUGUCAAUGGAAAUGGAAAAGCAUAUAGGAUCAUAUUUUCCCAAGAAAAAUUUGAUCAAUUUCUUAUAUAUUUUUACUGUUUUCUUCAUUCUUUUUAUUGGUCUUCCUUCAACUUAUGCUUCUUCUUCUGAUUAUCUACAACUCCCUCAAUUUUCAUCUACUAGACGUCAUCUUCUUCAGGCUGUCAAAGAUUGCCAACUUGAUGUUCAAAGUUGGAACUACACAAUUGUAACAAGCAAAUGCAAAGGACCCAAAUAUCCUGCAAAGCCAUGUUGUGAGGCUUUCAAAGAUUUGGCAUGUCCUAACGCCAAAGACUUGAACGACUUAUCCAAUAAUUGUGCAACCACCAUGUUCAGCUACAUCAAUCUCUACGGAAAAUACCCGCCUGGCCUUUUCGCUAACAUAUGUCGUGACAGUCGUAGAGGUCUCGAGUGCACUGCUGCUCAAAAGUCUAAUCAGGUGAAUCGCGCUACUUCUACUACUUCUGCUGCUGCUACUACCAUCCCGACUACCAUACCUCUCAUGUUCGCCUUUCUUACAGUUUUGUGCUCUAUGUUUCUUUGAUUCCUUAUCAGUUUAAGUUUGUGGUUAAGAUUUGUAUAUCAUCCUACAAAAUUAUACAACCUUGAGAAGUUUUUGUACAACAAUGUAUAAUGUGUACCCCUCAUUCAUUGUAUGAUUUUCCACAUUCUCUUGGAGGGACUAGUGUCGGAUAUAUUUCAGUUGUUCAUUCAAUUUGAGUCAUUUCACUUGUUUUUAUUCUUUCGUAAAGCAAAAUUUUAUUAUGGUGCAAU